UCGACAUUAAAAUUUGAUUCGAAAAGUUAAAAUACACAUAUUCGGAUUCAGCUCGUCGAGCUCUAUCCAGCUAUGUAUAAAUAUCGAAAAAUAAAACGUGCUCCUCUUUUGAAUUUCCUUAACCUUAUGAUUUUUGUUAACCUAACUGUGACUUAUGUAGUAUUCAUUUAGAAAGUACCGUUAGAUGUACUUUUUUCAUUUGAAUUCUCACCCGUACCGUUUUCAUUGUGCGAUAAUCAAUAUAUGGAUUUGAUGAACCAACAGAAGAAAUCAUCUGUCGUCGAUUAUUUAAGACAAUUAUAUCCGUCAGCUUUUUCAUCCAUCGAUCCAACAACAGCGAACAGUAAAAUAUUUGGAAUGAUUAUAGACGGUGGAAGUUUACUGCAAACAAAACCAUCAUCGACAAAUUGUACCGUAUACAAUUAUGCCAAGCAGUUAUUGAAAAAUGUUAUAAUUAAACAAUUCAAUCGUUAUACACGAAUUGAUAUUGUCUUUGAUUCACCGGACAGCAAAAAUGUCAAAUCAUUCACCCAACGACAUGGAAACGACGAGAACAACAUUCAAAAUAGAUAUGAUCUGAAGAUGGACGACAUUUUAGAAACAAACCACAAUCAUUUUAUACACAAUAAUCGUGCAGUAUUGGCUAAAUGUGUCCGUGAAUGUUGGUCUCAGUUGGAAUUAAUGAAAUUACUUCCACAAGACAAAACAUUGAUUGUCGCUGGGCCAGAUGAAGAUACAAUCAAAUUACAACAAGAACUAUUGUCACCACAAAUAGAAGAACAAUUAAAAUCAGACCACUUUGAAGCUGACACAAGAAUGUUUUUACAUCUUUAUGACAUUAGUGUCGACGAUGAAAAUAUGAAUGGUGGAAGAUUUUGUGGUAUCAUCAUCCAAGCAACGGACACCGACGUUCUGUUAUUAUCCAUUGCACAUUCACCCACGAUUCCCAACGUCGAUAUUUUUCUCAAAUCGUUCAACACUUACACGAAAACUAUUACAUUUAUUAAUGUUAAACUCAUUGCCAACAAAUUAAAACAACAACAAAUCGAACCGAAUAUUUUGCUAGUUCUUCAUGCUAUAUCAGCUGUGACACAACGUCGUUUAUUAAAAAUAUUACAAAGAAGACAUUUUUUCAUGCAUAUCUUACAACUACAAAAGAAACCGCUGCUUGCGGCUGAACAGCUGCUGUUAUCAUGUUAUCUGAAAAAUGGUAUUCGAUGUCGUCGGUCAUCAUCAUGUGCACCAAAAACAACAGCAACAGAAGAAAGAUCAACAUUGAAUCAAUUACGGAAAACAACAGCUAUAAAAGGGAUCAAGCAAACUAAACAACAAAUUGCCGGGGACUUACCACCAACUAGUGAUGCUUUCAACUUGCAUUGUUUUCGUGCCUGGAAGCAGGUAUAUACUUGGAAGCAGGCGUUCGAAACUUUUAUCAACCAAUUGCCGUUAGAAGAUUUUGGUUAUGAAAAUGUGGACGGAAGAACAAGAAUAAAAUGGAUAACAGGUGCUCAACAACCCAGCGAUCCAUCAUUAUCAACAUGUGCUUGUACGUCAGGAUGUAAAAAACGUUGUAAAUGUGGCUCGAAUGGGGUCAAAUGUACUAUUUUUUGUAAAUGUGUACUAGAAAUAUGUCAAAAUCGUUUACCACAUGAUAUAACUCAAUCGAACCUGAUUCUUGGUAUGGACGACGAAGAUGACGAUGAUUUUAAUUCAUUGAUUAAGAAUGACGAUGAAGCAGAUGACAGUAUGCAAGAGGAAGAAGAAGAAUUUAUUCAAAAUAUGUAUAAAAACGAGGGAGAAAGAGACGACGAUGACAAUUAUGUUGGCGAUCCUUAUUCGACACAACUACAACAAACAACAGCAAAUUAUUCCAUCCAAGUACCAGGACAAUUUUCUUCUCUUUCAUCGGAUCACGAUUAUUAUGCACUUCCACGUUCAUUAUCUUUAUCAAAUAUAAACGAUUCAUUUACAACUACACUGUAUUGUUCAUCCACAACAAAUCUUAUGCCGCCUCCACUAUCUGUUACUGGUUCAAAUACUUCGUUUACAAAUUUAUCUGACAUUAACAUUGAGAAUACUCCUAGCAGAUCAAGUAAAAAACCUGUUACUGCAUCUCGUCGAAAGAGCAUGUCAAUAAUAUGUAGAAGUACACAAAAGGCAGCUGGAAUAGGACAAACUGGACAAAGAAGUAGCGUAACGAAGCGAAAAAUGGUCAAAGCACGUAAUGAUGAAAAUUCAUCACCCAUAAGCACACCAACCCAAAUCAUCCCGGUGAAACGUCUUUAUAUAAGAAAAAAAACGUCAAAUUCUACACAGAACGCAGGAUCAUCUGAUAUCGAUAAAAAACUCCCGGUGAAACGUAAAAAUUACAAACAUUGUGAUGUAUUAGCUGAUUUAGGCAACAAUUCAGAAGAACAAGUACACUGGUGA